AUGGGUGUAGGCCAAUUGUUGAAGAAGCAGUUUACUGCUAGCAAGCUCAUCUUCCACAUCCUAUUCUGGGGCAUGCACUGGGGAAUUUUUGCCUAUGGAUGGUACAAGCAAGAGUCCGACAUCAGAUUGGCUGGUUUGAAUACUCUUCAGUUUUCCGUAUGGCUGUCACGAGGUGCAGGUCUGGUGCUCUCAGUCGAUGGAACCAUCAUUCUGCUGCCGGUUUGUCGAACUAUCAUGCGAUGGAUUCGGCCCAAGGUCAAGUUCCUGCCACUGGACGAGAACAUCUGGUUCCAUCGACAGGUCGCAUACGCCAUGUUGCUGUUUACCAUCAUCCACACUGCGUCCCAUUACGUCAACUUCUACAAUGUUGAGAAAACGCAAAUUCGGCCUGUCACCGCCAUCCAGAUCCACUACGCUCAAGCUGGUGGAAUUACCGGUCACGUCAUGUUGCUUUGCAUGUUGUUGAUGUACACCACUGCUCACCAACGCAUCCGACAACAGUCAUUCGAGACUUUCUGGUACACGCACCACCUCUUUAUUCCGUUCUUGCUGGGUCUCUAUACCCACACGACUGGUUGCUUCGUCCGUGACACCGCUCUGCCCUUCUCGCCAUUCGCAGGUGAUGAUUACUGGGGUCACUGUAUUGGUUAUCUAGGAUGGCGGUAUGAGCUAUUCGCUGGAGGGUUUUACCUGAUCGAGCGUCUGUACCGUGAAAUUCGCGCCAAGCGAACCACCAAGAUCACCCGCGUUGUCCGCCACCCAUACGAUGUCGUCGAGAUCCAGUUCAACAAGCCGUCUUUCAAGUACAAGGCUGGACAGUGGCUCUUCCUUCAGGUGCCUUCAGUCUCGAGCUUCCAAUGGCAUCCGUUCACUAUCACGUCGUGCCCGUACGACCCUUACGUUUCUGUUCACGUGCGACAAGUUGGUGAUUUCACUCGGGCUUUGGGUGAUGCUGUCGGUGCCGGUGCCGCUCAAUCUAAGCUCUACGAGGGAGUCGACCCCAUGGGAAUGUAUGAAGUCGCAUUGCAAAAUGGUCAGCAGAUGCCGCUGCUCCGAAUCGAUGGCCCUUACGGAGCCCCAGCCGAGGACGUGUUCGACAACGAAAUUGCUGUUCUGAUUGGUACCGGUAUUGGUGUUACACCUUGGGCUUCCAUCUUGAAGAACAUCUGGCAUCUGCGCAACAGUCCCAACCCUCCCACGCGUCUUCGCCGUGUUGAGUUCAUCUGGGUGUGCAAGGAUACCGGUUCCUUCGAGUGGUUCCAGACGCUCUUGUCCUCUCUUGAGCAGCAGAGUACUGAGGCUGCCCGAGUUCCUGGCAGCAACGGUGUCGAGUUCUUGAAGAUUCACACCUACCUGACACAGAAGCUCGACAUGGACACCACGCAAAACAUUGUUCUGAACUCGGUCGGUGCGGAAGUUGACCCUCUCACUGAGCUCAAGGCCCGUACCAACUUCGGCCGACCCAACUUCCAGAGAAUGUUCGAGACCAUGCGUGAUGGUAUUUUGGACCGUUCAUAUAUCAGUGGUUUGGAAGGCAGCAUGCAGACCACCGUCGGAGUGUACUUCUGCGGUCCGUCCGCAGCCGCCCGCUCCAUCCACAAGGCUGCUAAUGCCGCGACCGUGAGAGAGGUCAAGUUCCGCUUCUGGAAGGAACACUUCUAG